UGGGGGAAAGACGCGCGUUUCCAAGCCAAGCCUGGAAUGCAAAAUCCCCCUUUCCUUUCCCAGGAAUAUCCUCCAUUUCCCGCACCCCCCGCCCUGCCUCGCGGGCCUUUGUUUCUCCCAGGGUCGGGGGCGGAGAUGAUUCUGGGAUCCACCCCAGUUUUGUGCAGGUUGCAACCUCCAAAGGGGCGACGCCGAAGAGGGUCGAUCCUCAGAAAGACUUCCUCGCAAACGGGUUGCGCCUGUGCGGAGUCACUUCCUGCUCCGCCUUCUCCCGGGGGAAGCCUGGUGGGAGAGGGGAGAGCCAAAGUAGCUUUUUCAUAUAUAUAUACUGUAUAUAUUGCAUCUCCGGAAAGCGGGAGGAUCUCCUGGGAUUUGAGGGAUCAGGCAAAGGAUCCCGACCUAGAAUCCAGCUGUGAACUCUGGAGGGCCUGUUAUUUCCGCACUUGAUUUGGUGGGAGGCUCAUUUCACACACCCCAGUUCAGGCCACCAGGAACCAAAAUGGCGGCAGAUCGUGGCGAUGCGUCCGAUUUUGGUGCAGAGACUGUCAGAAAGUUGGGUGUGAAGACUGAGAAACAGGACCCAGUGGAUAUCGAGCCAGGGAACGGCACAGCGAAAGAGCCUCGUGCCGCCCAGCCUGAGAGUCCCAAGGGAUUCUGGGAAGGUGCCGCACUGGACCAUGUCAAAUGGGAGCCCGAGGGGGCAGCGCAAGGAUGCUGGGAGACUCAGUGGCAGCGGUUUUUGAAGGCGGUACAGUCCCCGCACUUGGAACGAGGAAAGGUCCCCCAGCCGGGACCUGCACUGAGGGAUAUUUCUCAGGCCGAUCUGCCGCCCUUUGAGGGAGCGCCGGAGAGAGGCCUGCAGCUGAGGAGGCAGGAAGGGGCUCAACUCCUGCCUAGUGGUGAAGCCCAUAAGAACUCAGGGGCCGAAGGCGAGGUCCUCGUUCCUAGGAUGGUAAAGGAAGAGGACCUGGAUGCGGAGAGUGUCCGCCAGCACUUCCGGCAGUUUUGCUACUGGGCGGCUGAGGGCCCCCGCGAGGUUUGCAGCCGCCUCCGGGACCUUUGCCGACAGUGGCUGCAGCCGGAGAGGCACACCAAGGAGCAGAUCCUGGAGCUGCUGGUGUUGGAGCAGUUUCUGACCGUCCUGCCUCCAGAAGUCCAGGCCUGGGUCAGGGAGGGGAGUCCAGAGUCCUGCGCGCAAGCAGUGGCCCUGGCUGAGGACUUCCUGCUGCAGCAAUCCCGAGAGGAGGGGAGAUGGGAAGAGGAGGUCCCUGGGGUGUCUAAGGAGGUAGCGGCCGAGUCUUCAGAGGCAGAGCGGGUGCCGUCAGAUACCUGGAAGGCGGUGCUCAGCAGAGAGGUCAAGCAAGAGGGGGACGGAGAAACCACCUGUGCAGAUGAUCAGAAGAGGCCAUUGGUGGUGGAGCAAAAUUGGACAGGACGUCCCGGGGAAGACGAUCCACGUGGGAUGUUGGCAGAAAGGGAUAAACGGAGCAUUGCCCAAUGCCCAGUUCGGGAAGUAACUUCUGAAAUCCAAGAGGGAAAGGAAGGGGGUGCAGUCACGAAUUCUUGGGGAGGUGAGAAAGGACCGGAGGGAAAUGCCAGGGGGGCAAAGGCCGACCUUGAAUGCGGGAAAGCGCUUGGACACGAUUCUGAAAACGAAACAAACCUUGGGCAAGAGAAGUUGUGCAAGUGCCCAAUCUGCGGGCAAAGCCUUAGCAGGAGAACCGGGCUCCUUAUACACCAGAGGAUCCACACGGGAGAGAAACCCUACAGCUGCUCGGACUGCAGGAAAAGCUUCCGGCACAAGUCGGUCCUUAUUCGACAUCAGAGAAUCCACACGGGCGAGAAGCCGCACAAGUGCCCCGACUGCGCCAAAAGUUUCCGGGACAGAUCGGCUUUGGAUGUGCACCGGAGAACCCACACGAGGGAACCCUAUCAGUGUUCAGACUGUGGGAAAAGCUUCAGCCACCGCUCCAACUUGAUUACUCACGAGCGGAUCCACACGGGAGAGAAGCCGUUCAAGUGCUUGGAGUGCGAGAAAAGCUUCAGCGACCGGUCAUCUCUGACGGCACACAAACGGGCCCACACUGGAGAGAGGCCAUACAGGUGCGCCGAGUGCGGGAAGAGCUUCUCCCAGAGCUCCAGCCUCCUUUCGCACCAGAGAAUCCACACAGGGGAGAGGCCUCACGAGUGCCCGGAUUGCGUGAAGUGCUUCCGCGACAAGUCGGCUUUCUUCGUUCACCGGAGGACCCACACGAGAGAGAAGCCGUAUAACUGCUCUGGCUGCGGGAAGAGCUUCAGCCAUCGCUCCAACCUGAACACGCACGAAAGGAUACAUACAGGGGAGAAACCUUACAAGUGCUUGGACUGUGGGAAAACCUUCGCCCAGAGACCAAGCCUUACUGCACAUGAGAGAAUCCAUUCCAAAAAGACAUUGCAGAGCUGAUGAAAGGUUGGGGACAAAUUCCGUGUCCAGAGGAACGCAUAGCCGACAUCAUUAGGAAACGGCGCCUGUGUUUGUCAAGUGCCUUCUCCUGUGUUGUACCUCACCUGAACUUUUAAGAUCCUCCUCAGAGGCCCUGCUCAGAGAUUUCCUGCCAGAUGAAGGGAUGAGAGUCCCCACUAGGGACAGGACCUUUUUAGAAGUGGCACCCUGGUACUUGAAUAGCCUUCCCAGAGAGGUUUUAUUUGCCUGGUACUACCUAUUGGGCCCUUUAAAUAACUGACCUUUUAUUGUCUGGGCAUCUCAGUUAUAAACUGAGUUUUAAUCGGUGCUUCUUAAUUGUGUUUCAGCUUUUUAAUUAACUGGUUAGGAGUUUUUGUUGUUUGAUAUUGUAUUUUUAAUGUGCUUUUUCUUCUUCACCACAACAUGCCCAGGGACCUCUUGUCAUGGGGUGGCUAUAUAAAUGCAGAAAUUAACAAAUGAAAUGGUAUAUGGUUUCAGGAGAUCUGAGGUUCAGUCCUCAUUCACCCAGGAAGCCCUUUGCAUGGUGCCUGGUCUCUCUCUCUCUCUCUCUCUCUCUCUCUCUCUCUCUCUCUCUUCUCUCUCUCUC